UGGAACGUGACUCAAAAUGGCGAUAGAACAUAGCGCUAAUUCAUGAGCGGAUGUUCCAGCUUGCAGUCUGUGAUCAAGUCAGCCGUUAACAACCAGCGAUGGAUAAAACCAGAGAAGAAAUAGCUUCGCGCCAUUGUCAUUUUUAUAAUUUUUGAUAUCGUUUGUUUGUUUAAAAUCCCGAGUGAACUCGAACGGGAAAGGAAAACUUCACAGUCAUGGCGGAGGAACGUCGGCAGAAGCAAUGUUCAGUCAGCCUGCCCACAGAGUCCAUGAAGGCCAUGGCCGAGUCAGUGGGAGUGGGGCAGCUACAGGAGGAAAGCUGUGUGGCCCUUAGCGAAGAGGUCAGCUACAGGAUCAAAGAAAUUGCACAGGAUGCGCUAAAGUUCAUGCAUCACGGGAAGAGACGCAAACUAACCACCAGUGACAUAGACAAUGCCCUGAAGUUAAAAAACGUGGAGCCCCUGUACGGGUUUCAGUCGCAGGAGUUUAUUCCUUUCCGCUUUGCAAGUGGCGGUGGAAGAGAACUUCAUUUCUAUGAGGAGAAGGAGGUCGACCUCAGCGACAUUAUAAAUACACCUCUUCCAAGGGUUCCUUUAGAUGUUUCUCUCAAAGCACACUGGUUAAGUAUCGAAGGAGUUCAGCCGUCAAUUCCAGAAAACCCACCGCCAGCAUCAAAAGAGCAGCAGAAAGCUGAAUCAACAGAACCGCUCAAAGUGGUCAAGCCUGGUCAGGAGGAGAAAGGUGCAAUUCAAGGCAAAGGUCAGAACACACCAGCUCCUGAUAACAAAGGAAAGGAGAAGGGUCUAAUCAGGCUGAAACCACGCAGCACCCACGAGCUUUCUGUAGAGCAGCAACUCUACUACAAGGAAAUCACAGAGGCGUGUGUUGGCUCUUGCGAAGCAAAACGAGCCGAAGCAUUGCAGAGUAUUGCUACCGAUCCUGGACUCUAUCAGAUGCUCCCAAGAUUCAGCACAUUCAUCUCUGAAGGAGUUCGUGUAAAUGUGGUGCAAAACAACUUGGCUCUACUGAUUUAUCUCAUGCGGAUGGUCAAAGCUCUAAUGGACAACCCCACUUUGUAUCUGGAAAAAUACCUGCAUGAGCUGAUCCCGGCGGUGGUCACCUGCAUUGUGAGCAAGCAGCUCUGUUUACGGCCAGACGUCGACAACCACUGGGCUCUACGAGACUUUGCGGCUCGUCUGAUGGCCCAGAGCUGUAAAACGUUCAGCACAACCACCAAUAACAUCCAGUCCCGUAUUACCAAAACUCUCACAAAGAGUUUGUUGGAUGACAAAACCCAGUGGACGACGCGAUACGGCUCCAUCGCAGGGCUUGCUGAACUGGGAAGUGAUGUGAUAAAGACUCUGAUCCUUCCGCGGCUCUCUAUAGAGGGCGGUCGCAUCAAAGCCGUGAUGGACGGGCCUGUAGUGUCCAACAUCGACAGGAUAGGAGCUGAACACGUUCAGAGCCUCCUUCUGAAACAUUGCGCCAGCGUCAUCGCCAAAAUACGGCCUCAGCCGGACAACGUGGAGCAAUACCGGACGGACUACGGCUACCUCGGGCCCAUGCUGUGUUCUCAUGUAAUGAAGGCCAGAACUCAAGCAGCGCUGCAAGCUCAGCAAGUCAACCGGACCACCUUAACAAUCACACAGCCUCGUUCCACGCUUUCAGUCUCACAAAGUGGGUUGAGUGGAUCAGGUGGGCCUCGCACUCCCAGCAUCAUCAAGGUCCCGAGUUCCCUCACCCUCAUGUCUCCAAGACCCGGUACUCCAUCUCAGCCGUCGCCACCGGCGACAAAGUACAUCGUGAUGGGAACCAGUGCGGGAGCUGCCUCAACCCAGCAGGUCAUCACCCUUAGCUCCUCCCAGUCAGCCUCACCAGUAACCAGCACUGUUCCCAGUGCAACUUCCACACUGCAGCCCUUGGUUAAACUGGAGCCCGGCAGCGGUUCUGGACUCACGGCUCCCCGGCCAAUGCAGAAGUACAUAGUCGUAUCUCUUCCCUCGUCUGCCUCUUCCCUGGAGACCAAGAGCUCUGUCCUUCCAUCCACCAUUUCCUCGACUCAAGUCGACGGAGGGAUCAAGCUGGAGCGCUCCGAUUCCCCUGCAGCAAGCACCCAGUCCCCACACUGACGUGUUCUGAUGAAGAAGAGUCUUCUCAUCUUCGGGUUUUUCUCGACCAAACCUAAAGGGGUCGACUUUGGAGCGAUGUGAAGAGAAUUAUGUGAACUCUUGACUGAUGAGAGCAAACAUGGCCAGACUUUGUAAAUAUCUUAAUGCUCAGUGAAAGUUGAUGAGUCUGUGAAAUCAUCAGCGUUUCAGCUUAUAUUCUAACUGAUUUCAUGUCUUUUUUUACCCUAAAAUAAAUUUGAUUUUGUAUUAAA